UGGUAAAGGGCAGGGCUAAAGAAGGGAGUGUCCAUAAACGGGACUCAGAACUUGUAACAGAAAAUUAAAAUAUACUCCACUCAAGGGAAUUCUGUACUUUGCCCUUUGGGUAAAGUCUCAUUUAAAUUUCUAAACUUUUCUUAAGAAAAUCGAAUUUCCUUUGAUCUCUCUUCUAAAUUACAGAAAUCAGAUAAAAAACUACUUGGUGAAAUGACUUCUUGUCACAUUGCUGAAGAACAUAUACAAAAGGUUGCUAUCUUUGGAGGAACCCAUGGGAAUGAGCUGACCGGAGUAUUUCUGGUUAAGCAUUGGCUAGAGAAUGGCGCUGAGAUUCAGAGAACAGGGCUGGAGGUAAAACCAUUUAUUACUAACCCCAGAGCAGUGAAGAAGUGUACCAGAUAUAUUGACUGUGACCUGAAUCGCAUUUUUGACCUUGAAAAUCUUGGCAAAAAAAUGUCAGAAGAUUUGCCAUAUGAAGUGAGAAGGGCUCAAGAAAUAAAUCAUUUAUUUGGUCCAAAAGACAGUGAAGAUUCCUAUGACAUUAUUUUUGACCUUCACAACACUACCUCUAACAUGGGGUGCACUCUUAUUCUUGAGGAUUCCAGGAAUAACUUUUUAAUUCAGAUGUUUCAUUACAUUAAGACUUCUUUGGCUCCACUACCCUGCUACGUUUAUCUUAUUGAGCAUCCUUCCCUCAAAUAUGCGACCACUCGUUCUAUAGCCAAGUAUCCUGUGGGUAUAGAAGUUGGUCCUCAGCCUCAAGGGGUUCUGAGAGCUGAUAUCUUGGAUCAAAUGAGAAAAAUGAUUAAACAUGCUCUUGAUUUUAUACAUCAUUUCAAUGAAGGAAAAGAAUUUCCUCCCUGUGCCAUUGAGGUCUAUAAAAUUAUAGAGAAAGUUGAUUAUCCCCGGGAUGAAAAUGGAGAAAUUGCUGCUAUCAUCCAUCCUAAUCUGCAGGAUCAAGACUGGAAACCACUGCAUCCUGGGGAUCCCAUGUUUUUAACUCUUGAUGGGAAGACGAUCCCACUGGGCGGAGACUGUACCGUGUACCCCGUGUUUGUGAACGAGGCCGCAUAUUACGAAAAGAAAGAAGCUUUUGCAAAGACAACUAAACUAACGCUCAAUGCAAAAAGUAUUCGCUGCUCUUUACAUUAGAAAUCACUUCCAGCUCACAUCUUACACAGUGUCUUACAAAUUCUGCUAGUUUGUAAGCUCCUUAAGAGUAGGGUUGUGCCUUAUUCAACUGCAUACAUAGCUCCUAGCACAGUGCCUUAUUCGGUAGGCAGCUAAGCAAAUUUCUUAAAUUAAUUAAUAUAUCAUAAAGAUAUAUUUUAUGUAUGUAGCUUAUUCAAAGAAGUGUUUCCUAUUUCUAUAUAGUUUAUUAUACAUGAUACUUGGGUAGCUCAACAUUCUUAAUAAACAGCCUUUGUAUUCAGAAUAUAAAAUUGAAAUAGAUAUAUAUAAAGUUAUUUGUUUUAUUGUGCUUUGCCUUACUACACUUCACAGAUACUGUACUUUUUUUCCAAAUUGAAGGUUUUUGGCAACCCUGCGUCUAGAAAGUCUAACAGUGCCAUGUUUCCACAGCAUGUGCUCACUCCUUGUCUCUGUGUCACCCUUUGAUAAUAUUUCAAGCUCUUUAUGAUUUAUUAUAUCUGCUAUGGUGAUCUGUGAUCAGUGGCCUUUGAUGUUACUGUUGUUAAGUGUUUUGGGGCACCGUGAAUCGUGCCCAUGUGAGACUGCGAACUUAGUGAAUGUUGUGUGAGUUCUAACUGCUCUACUGACCGGCCAUUUCCUUGUCUCUCUCCCUGUCCUCUGGCCUCCCUGUUCCUUGAGACACAAUAAUUAAUAAGUCUACAGCAGCCUCUGUGUGUUCAAGUGAAAGAAAGGGUCAUACUUCUAGAAAUUAAGCUUAGUAAGGAAGGCAUGUCAAAAGCUGAGACAGGCUGAAAGCUAGGCCUCUUGCACUGGUUAGCCAAGUUGUGAAUUCAAAGAAAAGGAUCUUGAAGAAAAUUAAAAAUUCUACUCCAGUGCACACACACAAAUGAUAAGAAAGCAAAACAACCUUAUUGCUGAUAUGGAGACAGUUUUAGUGGUCUGGAUAGAAGAUCAAACCAGCCACAACAUUAAGCCAAAGCAUGACCCAGAGCAAGGCCCUAACUUUCUUCAAUUCUGUGAAGGCUGAGAGAGGUGAGGAAGCUGCAGGAAGCUGGGAGAGGUUGGUUCACAAAGUUUAAGGAAAGAAGAUAGCUCCAAAACCUACAAGUGGAAAGCAAACCAGCAAGUUGCUGAUGUGGAAGCUGUAGCAAGUUAUCCAGAAGAUGUAGCUAAAAUCAUUGACAAAGACGGCUACACUAAACAACGGAUCUUCAGUGUAGUUGAAACAGCCUUCUACGGGAAGAAGAUGCUAUCUAGGACUUUCCUAGCUAGAGAGGAGAAAUGAAUGCCUAGCUUCAAAGCUUCAAAGGACAGCCUGACUCUCUUAAGAGCUAACACAGCUGGUGACUUUCAGUUAAAGCCAAAGCUCAUUAACUGUUUCAAAAAUCCUAAAACUCUGUUUUUUGUUUUUUUUUUUUGAGAUGGAGUCUCGCUCUGUCGUCCAGGCUGGAGUGCAGUGGCGCAAUCUCGGCUCACUGCAAGCUCCGCCUCCCAGGUUCAUGCCAUUCUCCUGCCUCAGCCUCCCCAGUAGCUGAGAUUACAGGCGCCUGCCACCAUGCCUGGCUAAUUUUUUGCAUUUUUUUAGUAGAGAUGGGGUUUCACCGUGUUAGCCAGGAUGGUCUCGAUCUCCUGACCUCAUGAUCCGCCUGCCUCGGCCUCCCAAAGUGCUGGGAUUACAGGCGUGAGCCACCACGCCCGGCCCAAAAAUCCUAGGACUCUGAAGACUGAUGCUAAACCUGCUGUGUCUGAGCUCUAUAAAUGGAACAACAAAGCCUCGCUGGCAGCACAUCUGUUUGCGGCAUGGUUUACUGUAUGUUUUAAGCCCACUGUUGAGACCUACUGCUUGGGAAAAAAAAAAAAAAUUCCUUUCAAAAUACUACUGCUGAUUGACAAUACACCAUGUUACCCAAGAGCUCUGCUGGAGAUGUGCGAAGAGAUUAGCAUUGUUUUCGUGCCUGCUACCAUGACAUCCAGCCGAAGCCCAUGGAUCAAGGCAUCAUUGUGACUUUCAAAUCUAACUAUUUAAGAAAUACAUUUCAGGCUGGGGGAGGGGAGAAAAAAGAAAAGAAAGAAAGGAAGAAAAAAUCAUUUCAUAAGGCUACAGCUGCCAUAGAUAGUGAUUCCUCUGAUGGAGCUGGGCAAAGUAAACAGAAAACCUCUGGAAAGGAUUCAGCAUUCCAGAUGCCAUUAAGAACAUUCAGGAUCCGUGGGAGGAGAUCGAAAUAUCAACAUUAACAGGACUUUGGAAAAAGUGAAUUCCAACCCUCUUGGAUGACUCUGAGGAGUUCGAGACUUGAGUAAAGGAAGUCAUGCAGAUGUACAGCAAGAGAAUGAGAAGUGGAGCCUGAAGAUGUAACUGAAUUGCUGCAAUCUCAUGAUCACACUUGAAUGGAUGAGGAGUCGCUUCUUAUAAAUGAGCAAAAAAGUGGUUUCUUGGCUGCAAUCUACUCUCGUUGCAGAUGCUGUGAACACUGUUGAAAUGACAAAGGAUUUAGAAUAUUACGUAAACAUAGUUGAUAAAGCAGCAGCAGGGUUUAAGAGGAUUGACUCCUAUUUUGAAAUGAGUUCGGCUGGGAGAAGUGGCUCAUGCCUGUCAUCCUAGCACUUUGGGAGGCCAAGGCAGACAGCUCACCUGAGGUAAGGAGUUUGAGACCCCUCUCUACUAAAAAUACAAACAUAUUAGCUGGGCGUGGUGGCACGUGCCUGUAGUCCCAGCUACUUGGGAGGCUGAGGCAGGAGGAUCACUUGAACCCAGGAGGCAGAGGUUGCAGUGAGCCAAGACUGCACCACUGCACUCCAGCCCGGUGGACACAGCAAGCCUCCAUCUCAAAAAAAAAAAAAAAAAUGAGUUCUACUGUGAAUAAAAUGUUAUUAAACAGCAUUUCAUGCUACAGAGAAAUCUUUCAUGAAAGGAAGAGUCAAUCAAUGCAGCGAACUUCAUUGUUUUAUUUUAAGAAAUUGUCACAGCCAUCCCAACCCUCAGUGCCCACCACCCUGAUCAGGCAGCCAUCAUCAAGGCAAGGCCCUCCACUAGCAAAAAGAUCAUGAAUUGCUGAAAGCUCAAAUGAUGGUUAGCUUUUUUAGCAAUAAAGCAUUUUUAAUGAAGGAAUGUACAUGUUUUAGAUAUAAUGCUAUUACACAUUUAACAUACUACAUAUAGUGUGAGCAUAACUUCUACAUGUACUGGAGAAUCAAAAAAUAUGUGUGGCUCAUCUGUUAUAAUGUUUGUUUUAUUGUGGUAAUCUGGAGCCAAGGCUGAAAUAUCUCUGAGGUAUGCCUGUAAUGUAUAAGUGCUAGCAGAAACGAGUUGUGCAGGCUUGCUAUUUUUUUCAAUUUUUAUAUUUGGGUUAAUGGUAAUAUACUAAGCGUCUAGUCUAUAAACUUCAGCAUUCGUUGCGAAAUCCAGAGGAGACUUUUAAGUGCUGUUUUGUAGAUGAAAUAUCAAAAAGAAACAAGGGCUUAAUGGUAAAGAUGACAUAUGACUAUAUUAAGAAACUGAAUGGCCCUUUGUCCACAAACAGUAACCCACACAGCAUUGCUACUGUGGCAUGCCCACUGCUCUGCACUGACCUCAUGGAGCAGAGAACCUCCUUCAGACACCUCACGCACCCCCUGAGGAGCUAAUGUUUCUUCCCAACAUGGAAAAUUUGGAAGAGGCCUAUUCUUCACAGCUGUCACUUCUCAUUUUGAAAGAAUAUGCCCACCCUUAUUCCCAGGCAAGUUGUGAGGAGGUCUUUGGGCUCCAGCUGUUGCCAGCAGAGGUGGUGAAAGUCAACAACAGGGCACUGGACACACAUAGAAAUGUGACCCACAGCUAUGGUUUGCAAAUACAGUCUUUCAAGAAGUCCUGCCACGUCCUAAAUGCCCAAAUCCCUUGCCUCCCAUGAUUCUUCUCCUCAAAGGACCUUCUGCUGGAUGCCGCCCCCUCCCUCUCCAGUCCCACCAGCGCCCUCCCCGCCAUCCUCUUAGGCCACAGCAGCCAAUAAAGAGCGUUUUUAUUCCAUGAUCUGUACCCCCAAUGAAUCCAUAAUCAUAGUUUCAAAUGUAUUUACCAAAAAUACUAACAUUAUCUGGAAUGAAUGAAUGAAUGAAUGAAUAAAUAAAUAAAUAUUAUAUAUUUAUACAUUUUCAUUCUUCCAAAGUGAACCCCACUAUGCCAAUUUUACUCCAUACUCAGUGUUCUGGAAAGCCCAUAUUCUUUCUAAAUUUUUCAGCAUUUUUUUCUAUUUUUGUACUUUACCGAAAUUAUUUGCAUUGGAAUAAACUCUCUUCCUUCUGAA